AUGUUCGGUUCUGGCUCGAACCCGGGUUCUACGGCGCCCACUUUCCUGUUCGGGCAGUCUAACGCCACUCAAAACCAGUCUGCUGCGUCUCCUUUUGGCGCCAAUGCCAACAACAACACCUCCAAGCCUGCUACCUCUGCAUUUGGCUCUAAUUCGGCAUUUGGCUCUUCAGGAAAUACUGCUUUUGGUCAAUCGUCCAAUUCUGCUCCAGCACCCUCGCCAUUUGGCUCUCUGGCACCCGCAACCUCAGCAUUUGGUGCUGCCCCAGCUUCUGGCUCUCUAUUCGGCGCUAAACCAGCAGCCACAUCAACAGCAGCACCUGCAGCAUCCCCAUUUGGUGCUGCUCCAGCAAAGUCUACCACGCCCGCUUUUUCUUUUGGCUCUAAUACUCAACCAAAUGCCGCUCCAGCCACCAGUUCAUUUGGCUCCUCAAACAACAACUCGGCCGCACCUUCUGGAGGCUUGUUCGGCGCGAAUGCCGCAAACCCCGCCACUUCUACAACAACUCCGGCUGGUGGUUUGUUUGGUGCUGCUGCUCUGAAACCAGCAGUCUCUGGAUCCGCUGCUCCAGCUUCAGGAGGUCUUUUUGGCCAGUCUGCCUCUACAGGUACGGGCUUUGGUGCCAAACCAGCUGGUGGUGCUGCUGCUGCUCCAACUACAGGCGGCCUUUUUGGUUCUAGUGCCAACGCCACCAAGGAGACUACGCCAUCAUUCAGCUUUGGCGCUAAACCUGCCGAGAACAAGCCCGCCAGUUCUGUUGAGAUGAACUCAGCGGCUGCAUCCAAAGAAACUACUCCGGCCUUUUCUUUCGGUGCCAAACCCGCUGAGAAUGCUGCCAAGCCUGCCGAAGGUGGACUUUUUGGCGCAAAGCCAGCAGCAUCAGGCUCGGGACUUUUUGGAGCGAAGCCAAAUGAGCUGAAAGGCUCUACGCCAUUCUCAUUGAACCUGGGCUCCUCUACACCCGCACCUACUGGCGGUUUAUUUGGUGACCAGGCAAAGAGUGGAGAAGCCAAGCCUGCUUUCAGCUUUGGUGCCGCCAAGUCUGACAACAAACCUGCAGCAGCUCCAUCAUUUUCUUUUGGUGCCAAACCCGCCGAUAAGACUGAACCCAAGACUGAUGCAAAGCCUGCUACACCAGCAUUUUCUUUUGGUGCAAAAAGUGCUUCUGAAAAGCCCGAGGAUAAACCAGCAGCAGCCGCCCCAGCAUCCACGACUCCCUCUUUCUCGUUUGGAGCCAAGCCAGCUGAAAAAGCAGCAGACAAACCCGCUGAGAAACCAUCCUUCUCCUUUGGUGCUAAACCUGCCGACCUGAAGGACGCUUCUGCUCCUAAACCAACAGGAUUUUCUUUUGGGGCAAAGCCCGCUGAACUGAAGGACUCCAAACCAGCUUCUUCGUUUAGUUUUGGAGCUAAGACCGAGGAGAGCAAGCCAGCUGCAGCAGCUCCAGCAUUUUCCUUUGGCAAGACUGCGGAGAAGAAGGACGAGCCAGCCGCUGAGAAGAAAGAUGAUAAGCCAGGCUUUAGUUUUGGUGCCAAGCCAGCGGAAAGCAAGCCGGCCGGCACCACUUCAACUUUCUCGUUUGGAAACACUGCGGAUAAGAAAGACGCGACCACCGAAAAGAAGGAUGACAAACCUGCUCUUUCGUUUGGAGCCAAACCUGAGGAGAAAACCACUAAGCCAGAAGAAACAAAGACACAACCAGACAAGAACGCUCCUACGUUGAAACCCACGACGCUUGAGCCACCAGCAAUCUCUUUAGAUAACAAGACUUUGGAGGACUUGAUCAUGAAGUGGUCCAAACAAUUGACACAAACAAAGGGCAUUUUCGAAGGUUACACAUCGAAGGUUAAGACAUGGGACCAACAACUUACCACCAGUUCGGAGGAAAUCUCCAAAUUGCAUAAGAAUGCCAGCGAGGUGGACAGUUUGCAACAGCGCAUUGAUCAACAGCUACUCUUUGUGGAGAACCAACAAGACGAGCUUGAUCAGAUAUUGGACAGCUACGAGCUGCAGGCAGAUAUUUUGCUAAACUCCAUUGACUUGAAUAGUUCUGAUGUUGCGUCUACUGCUUUGGUUGCCCAGACAUCCAAUAAGAAUGCACCAUCCGGUUUGAACGUCACAGACAAGUUGCGUGAGAAGGCAUACCACAAUGCAGAAUUAUUGGAUGAACGUUUGGAUACGCUAGGUGACAACUUGUCAUCUUUGGUGGAGGAGAUUAAUUCUGUUAGCGAUGUUUUCAACAAGUCGCUCAUGAAGAAUAUUGCCGACAGCGAAGGUUCCGCAGACAGCAGCGGAAACUCAAUUGAGGAAAUCGUGAAGUUGUUAAACCUCCACUUGGACAAUUUGAAGUACAUUGAGACCACCAAAGACCAGCUAGAGGAGAAAGUCAAGCAACUACAGGGUCCCAAAAGACUCCGGUAG